GCAUGUUUCUGCUCGACAUCACAUCUCUACGUGGAUCUGUCCAACCACCCGAGCCAGUGCUGAGAAGAACCCCCGAGCCCCAACCGCCUGGUUUGAUGACGGAGCGAGGGAACGAGGCCGACCCUCUCAUCGGGGAUGCAUCGUCCGGACAACCUCCAGCGCCCUCGGGUCGAUGCGACCCUGAUGAGGCGUCCCCGAGCAGUGGAUACCUCUUCAUGCUGACCCUGGCCAUGGGAGGGUAAGUCGAUGGCGAUACGAGCUGCUCCUCCACCCACCCCGGCCCUGUUGACCCUUCCCCCUGCGGCUCGUAUAGUAUCCAGAUUGUCUGGUCGAUCCAGCAUGCCAGUGGCUCGGUACGUUGUUACCCUGCAUCGGGAUCCAUCAUCCUUGCAAGACUCAUCGUUAACCUCGUGUGUGCCAGCCAUACCUGUUGUCCCUGGGGAUGAGCAAGGCCCUCCUGGCCUUUGUCUGGAUUGCAGGUCCGUUGACCGGCACCCUCGUACAGCCGUACAUCGGCCUUCGAUCGGACAACUGCCGCGUCUCCUGGGGCCGGAGGAAGCCGUUCAUGGCCUUUGGGGGUGCGCUCCUCGUGGUCUGUCUGUUAGCUCUGGCAUGGGUCCGAGAGAUCGUCGGCGGCAUCGUUGGUCUCUUCGGCAUCGACGCGCAGUCCGCCGGUGCCAAAACCACGGUGCUCGUCGCGGCGACCCUCUUGAUGUACUGUCAAGACUUUGCCAUUAACACCGUCCAAGCCGCAACCCGGGCGUUCAUCGUGGACAAUGCCCCGUCCCAUCAGCAAGAGACGGCCAAUGCCUGGGCAAGCCGCCAGGUCAGCGCAGGGAACAUCUUCGGCUACAUCAUCGGCGGCAUGGACCUGCCCAGGACGCUUCCCUUUCUCGGGAACACCGAAUUCAAGGGCCUUUGUGUAAUCACCAGCAUCGCACUGGCCAUCAUUCUCUCCAUCAGCUGCAGCUACAUCACGGAGAAGGACCCCCGCGAGACCUCCCCACCGACAUCUGACCGGAUGGGACUUCUGUCACUGCUCCAGGCCCUCAGAGAGUCGAUCCGCCGUCUCCCCGUUCGUAUCCGCAGGGUCUACAUGAUCCAGGCUGCGGCGUGGUUCGGGUGGUUUUCGUUCCUGUUCUACGCAACCACGUAUAUCGGACAGCUGUACGUGAACCCCAUUUUCGACCAGCACCAGGACCUAUCGGAAGAUGAGAUCAACCGGAUCUGGGAGGAGGCCACUCGCAUCGGCACUCUGGCUCUUCUCGUGAAUGGAAUUGUCUCCUUUGCAACCAGCAUAAUCCUGCCCCUGCUAGUGGUCCCAUCCGAGAAGCAAAUGGAACCUCACGCAAGCACGGGCUCGAGCAAUCUACGCCUCAAGCUGCGCAUUCCAGGACUAACACUACGACGCGCCUGGCUUCUCUCGCAUUUCCUAUUUGCCAUCUGCAUGUUGAGCACCUGUUUCAUUUCCUCCCCCGGACAGGCGUCCGUGAUGACCGGGAUCGUCGGCAUCUCCUGGGCCACCACAGCAUGGGCCCCAUUUGCACUCAUCGCAACUGAGAUCACGAAGGGCGGUCCAACGACCCGCAGCACGGACGAGACGAACGAAGGACCAAGUAUCCCCCGUUAUAGUCAGGGCGAUGAUGAAAGAGCCGAAACGGCGGGGGAGGCCACCAAAAACCAAGCCGGUCUCGUCCUCGGUCUGCACAACGUCGCCAUCUCCUUCCCGCAGAUCAUCUCCAGCGCCAUCGGUAGUCUCAUCUUCAAGGCGCUGCAGAAGCCUCGCGGAGAGCCUUGGGACACCAGCACGGGCUGGGUCAUGAGGCUGGGGGGGUGCGCGGCCGUGCUGGCCGGGUUCCUGACGAUGGGUCUUCAGGACAGGCCUAGAAGGAAGUAAGACGUAAAGUAAUUCGCCCGACUGUGUGUCUGUCUCUCUGUCUGUCUUUACUGUGUUGUAUACGUGUACUCUCCCGCCAGUUGAACAGGAUACUCGCCACUUCACCUUUUAGAAUUUAGAAUGUGAUAGCUUACCACCACCAGAAUGCAUUCAUUGCC